AAUUACCUAAUACUACUAUUUCAUAUUCAUUUGUUUUUUUUAAAAAGGUUUUAUUUAUUUAUUUUCUCCCUCAAUCUUCUCCGUUUGGGUUUGUUUGUUACUACUCUCUCAUACAUUGAUUCUAUGACUAUGGCUAAACCAAAAGCUCCAAGGCGAACCCUAGAGUCAUAUUCAGUCAAACACAUGAACAAAACUAUUAAAGCUGGCGAUUGCGUUCUCAUGCGUCCUUCUGAUCCGUCGAAACCCUCCUACGUUGCUAAGAUCGAGCGGAUCGAAGCUGAUUCUCGUGGUGCUAACGUCAAGAUUCACGUUCGUUGGUAUUACCGGCCGGAGGAGUCAAUCGGCGGCCGUCGUCAGUUUCAUGGUACUAAGGAGGUUUUCCUCUCCGAUCACUUUGAUGUUCAGAGCGCUGAUUCAAUUGAAGGAAAGUGUAUAGUCCACAGUUUCAAGAGCUAUACCAAGCUUGAUGCCGUUGGUAAUGAUGAUUUCUUCUGUCGCUUCGAGUACAAUUCCUCCACCGGCGCUUUCAAUCCUGAUAGAGUUGCUGUGUAUUGUAAAUGUGAGAUGCCCUACAACCCUGAUGAGCUUAUGGUCCAGUGCGAGGGAUGCAGUGAUUGGUUUCAUCCUGCUUGUAUAGACAUGACUGUGGAGGAAGCCAAAAGACUCGAUCACUUCUUUUGUGAAAGUUGUUCUGUCGAAGGUCAAAAGAAGUUGCAAAAUUCUCAUUCUGCUGCGAGACACUUGGAUACAAAGGUGGAUACUAAACGCCGUCGAAGGUAAAAUAGUGAUAGUAUAUAAGGCAUAAAAUGAGGUAGAUCUAUAAUGGAAGGAGACUCGUGUUUUUAAUCCUGGGUAGGAGCUGAACAAACUCGGAGACAAUGCUAUAUAUUAGUAGUAAACUGUAGUCUUUCUCUACUUUUAUGGAAGAGACUAAUUUGGAAAUGUUUGUCAAUGGUUUGAGUAUCCAUCCUUGUUUCCCUUGGAAGUGGAGGAUGUGUUUCUUUUGGCUGUAAUUAUUUAAUUAAUGUAGAUUCUCUAUCUAUCAACUUCGCGUCCACGUUCUUACUCGGACUUUUGUAAAGUAUCUUUGACUUAUUUACAAACAGUAGACACUACUCUUUGUACUUAUUAGGCAGGCAUGGAUCUAGCUUUUCUAUUCUCCGGUGAUGUCACCAUGAGCAAAAGGAUCCAAAUAAAAGGAAAAGAGAGGUUUUUAUAGAGGACUACCUUUUGUCUCGUGGGGGAAAGAAACUAUUCAUGUUGUGGAGAGGAUGGAAAGUAAGACUUCUGUUAACCUUGUUACUAUCACACCAUAUUUAAUAAUCAA